AUGACAUGCAGCCUUUCCAUUUUAAUCUGUGAGUGAGUUUGCAACGAACAACACGAACGGUUUCUGUCUCGAGUCUUGUGAAGUGUAUUUUUCGAUUUUAAGUGAAUAAUUUCUAAAGAAGCUGUAAAUUUUAGUGCUUUUGUGUUUUGUGUGAUAAUGGCAACGGCUCCCAGGCUGUCGCCCGUGUGAAUCUAUAAAGACUCGUGUACAGUUAACUUCAGGAGCGCCGGCUCGAGAGCAACCCAACCACAAUGAAAAUGGUGUUGUCACAACGGCAACGAGAGGAGCUGAACAAAGCGAUCGCCGACUACCUCGGCAGCAACGGCUACAAUGACGCGCUGGAGGCGUUCAAGAAGGAGGCGGACAUGUCGGGCGAGCUGGACCGCAAGUUCGGCGGCCUGCUCGAGAAGAAGUGGACCUCCGUCAUACGGCUGCAGAAGAAGGUGAUGGAGCUGGAGUCGAAGCUGUCGGAGGCGCAGAAGGAGUUCAUAGAGGGCGCCCCGACGCGCGCCAAGCGCACGCCCGCCGAGUGGAUCCCGCGCCCGCCAGAGAAGUUCUGUCUCACCGGACACCGCGCCACUAUUACCAAGGUAAUAUUCCACCCGGUGUUCAGCCUGAUGGUGUCGUCCAGCGAGGACGCCACCAUCAAGGUGUGGGACUUCGAGAGCGGCGAGUACGAGCGCACGCUCAAGGGACACACCGACUCCGUGCAGGACAUCGCCUUCGACCACCACGGGAAGCUGCUGGUAUCAUGCAGUGCGGACAUGUCGAUCAAGCUGUGGGACUUCAACCAGACGUUCGAGUGCGUGAAGACGAUGCAUGGCCACGACCACAACGUGUCGUCCGUGGCGUUCUCACCCAGCGGAGAUAUUGUCUACUCCGCCAGCCGGGACAAGACCAUCAAGGCGUGGGAGGUGGCUACUGGCUACUGCGUGAAGACGUACAAGGGCCACCGCGAGUGGGUGCGCAUGGUGCGCGUGUCGCCGGACGGCGCGCUGCUCGCGUCCUGCUCCAACGACCAGACCGUGCGCGUGUGGGGCGCCGACUCGAGCGAGUGCAAGAUGGAGCUGCGCGAGCACGAGCACGUUGUAGAGUGCGUGGCGUGGGCGCACGACGCGUGCGCAGCCGCCGUCAACGAGGCGGCGGGCGACAACCGGCGCGCCAACCACGCCGGGCCCUUCCUCGCCAGCGGCUCCCGCGACAAGACUGUCAAGAUAUGGGACGUAAGCACAGGCCAGUGCCUCAUCACGCUGAUCGGGCACGACAACUGGGUGCGCGGCUGCGCGUGGCACCCGGGCGGGCGGCACCUGCUCACCGCGUCCGACGACAAGACUCUGCGCGUGUGGGACGUGGCGCACGCGCGCUGCCUCAAGACGCUGUACGCGCACCAGCACUUCGCCACGAGUCUUGAUUUCCACAGGAGCUUGCCAUACGUCAUAUCGGGCAGCGUCGAUCAGACCGUCAAAGUUUGGGAAUGUCGCUAAGAGCGUUGCCAUUUUAGUAACUUAACUCACCGAUGAUAUCUUUAUCAUUAUAUUUUCACACUUAUCGCUACAACGGGAGGAAAUGAGUUGCGAAUUUAAAGAAUCAUUUUAGUAUGGAGAAAUAAUUAUUGAUUGAUGAAUGUUUGUUCGUUCAGCUCAUAAUGGCUGCCGCGUACACCGACGAUGCUAUGUCUCUCUGAACCUCCGGGCUCUCCGCACAUUUGUCACUCUCUUAGUUCUCCGACUUUGGAUUAACACAUUCCAUUAAGACGUUAAAUGGUUCAUAGGUAGUGUCCGAUGUAAGUUAGUUGAAGAUGUUUCCCAGGUUUUGAGAAAACUUGGCGAAAGUCUCCCGAUGCGACAUGGCGUAGCAUCAGUCUCGUACCCGAUCGGAACUGUGGAGUGAGGAGUAAAAGCUGUGUUAUAAUUUAACAUUUCAUUAUUCUACGUUUUAUUUUAUAGUUAUUGUUUACUCGUAAGGGCGUUUAGAAAUAAAUUUUAUUUGGUAUAAAUUAGUUAAAUGUUUUCUUACGUGUCCACUCUACAAAAACUUGUACCUUGAUUUGUUAUUAAUGAUUUAGUUUUACUGAUUUUUUUAUAGAUGGUUAUUCAUGACAAUCAUCCUGAUAAUUUAGUCAUUUUGUAUGCGAAUCACUGCAAGAAUGGUAUGCCUUGUGGCUGCGCCGGAGCGGAGUGGGGGCGCAUUGAGCCGCUGGCGCCGCCACCGCCUGCAAUGCACGCCCCGCUGCGAACACUCCCACUAUUUACAGACUUAUUUUAAGUUUUGGGUACUCAAAACUUUAACUAUAAGUUAGAGCAUUAUAUUUUAAAGUUUUUAAUUAUUUAUUUAUACUUAUCAUCGUUUGUUUCUAUGUCUCAAAGAAAUUUAAUUUAGCGGUGAGCGCUACUAGUGUGUUUGUACGCAAUAUUACUUCAAAUUUUAGUUAUUUUAAGUAACUUGCAUAAGUAUCGGCAGUAAAUUGUAAAGUUAAUGGUUUUGAGAUUUACAACUUAAAAGCGUGUGAUACAUCAUUUACAUUAAUAUAUAAUUUUAAAUCAGUUUGUUAUAGAAUUAAAGCAGUGUUUUCUAUAUUAUUAAUCUCUACAGUGGUACAUUAGUUAUUUAUUAUGGCAUUUGAUAAACAUUGGUUGCCUGGUAUUUGUACUAGAAAAUAGUUGUAGUUUGUAGGUAUGAUGAUCAUUAAAUUAGAUGCUUUCAAGUGAUAGACAGCAUUCGCAUAUUAUGUACAAUGCGUUAUAAAGUCGGUAUAUAGUUGUAAUAUCGUCGAACAAUUUUAAUAAUUGUAAAUUGGUAAAUACACGUGACUUCCGCCAGUAAUCGCUUGCAAACAUGUUAUUGUAUGUUUUACUUAAACAUUAGAAAGCUUCUGAUUACAUUGUCGGCACUGAUAAAAUGCUUAUUCUUAAUAUAACAUGUAUAUCAAAUUCACGAAUGUGUGAUUCUCUCAUAGUCUCAACACCGGACAUUACUCACUCAUCUUGUACGAGUUCAUUAGAUAAGAGAAAUUUCCACAUAAGUACCUACAAUGUUUGUAUUUCGUCUAUUCAAAAAUACUACCAAAAUGUAAUAGAAAUUGGUUUAAUAUUUCCUGUAAAUAAAUCCAUUAAAUAAAAUAAUUUAUCUUGAAA